AUGCCUGGCAUGACCCCCUUACUAAGCAUGCACACGACGGACGAAAUUUGCCCAGCAUAUUUUUUACGGCCAGAGAACGCAGCACAGGGUAUAUGUGGCAAAUCAGCCUGGGCGUGUGGCAUCUCGCCCGUAGCCAACGUCUCAAUAUUCUGCCGCAACGUGGCUAACAGAAUUGAUGAAGGCAAAUAUAUGGCAGUUCCACGGGGACAGGAUCGAUUGAAGGUCGCUAGCAAAGAGUCAGAGAAUCCCUGUGGCUGGAUUUAUUGCCCCAUGGCAGUUUUGUUAACGAACUGGUUCCCGGAAGGAGCCCGCGAUGGGUCUCAAAAGGGCGCCGAAAGGGCGACGAACAAGAAGCCUGCCGAAGAACAAAAAUUUUGCAUGGCCUACUCCAGUAAGGAGUUCGACAAAUGGGAGGAGUGGGACGCUUCGUGUCCAAUGGACAGCAUUUUCCCAGACCCCACAGGCUUGUUCUCGAAUGCAUAUGGCAGUUUCGCCUCCCGUAUCUUCACCGGCCAAGGCACGCUGCAGACGACUGGUUUUGGCGCCCAUUUCGGAAGCCGGUUCAUCUUGACCAUGGAGCCCGGCACCCAUUCCGAUUGGAGCGUGGCGGACGUCGUGCGGUAUCUCAAAUCGGUGGGCGCAACAACGACGGACCUCACGGUGGAUCCCGAUAUCGGCAUUGGCGUUCUCGAUGCGCCCAUCUUCUUCACUGAGAACAAGAACAAGCUCUACCCGCUCAAUGAACUCUAUACGCCGCUCCAAGAAAACUGCAGGCUUAUCUGGAAUGGUCGCAGGGAGGUUGGCUUGACGGCUCGAGCGAAACCAUAUUCUUGUAUGGAACGGUCUGAAUUAGACCCCCUCCUUGCGCGAAUGUAUCACCCUUGCCGACCCCGGAGCGCACUAUUUUCCCGGCUACACCACGAACUGUACAGGAGCUACGGCCCGAAGAACUUUGGAAAUCUCCCAGCCAAGAAGGGAGAAAUCGAAUACGUCGCGUCUCUACGCGAGGUCUUCAACAAGAACGGAUGGGCAGACCUUGGGGCGGGAGGCCUGUCGAUAACCCCUAUGGCCGAGCUGGCCGAGCUCGACAUCAUCCCUUUCGAAGAGAUGAAGGAGAACCAAGAGCCAGAAGGAGAGCAAAAAGGCGUGCAGGAGGUUCCCAUCGAAGGAUCGUCGACUCCGGCGUCAGCGUCGCCUCGGCGAGCACGCGAACAAGUUCCUGCUCCAUUUGGGGCCAAAGAGGGGCCAUCGUGCGACAUCGUCCGAGCUCUGUUGAAAAAUCGCGAGCGGUUCUUCCAGGAAGCAGGAGUAACUAAUCUUGCAUGGCGCUUCCUCAACACCUCCGCGACGAGCUCCGCCACCAGCCACUGUUCUUAUGCUAUGGCUACAGUCAAACCUCUUGAGGCCAUCGAAGACAUCGAAGAAGCCGUGCGCUUUCUGCCCCGCCUCUUAAAUCAGGGAAAAUUUAAGGGUAAAAAAAAUGCAUAUAAGGAUGAAGUGAGCGUGCCAGAUGGGAUGGAUGAGUCCGAAGAGCAUAUCGUAAAUCCAGAAUCAUUGGACAGCAUUGCUAAGCGGUACAGCAGGAUCAAUGAAGUGAGAAUGUCUGAGCAGAGUAGGGCUUCGACAGGGCGUGGAGGGCGUGAUAGAGCGAAUUGGUAUAUGAAGAAGGUUGCCCAACUCGACGUUGCCCAACUCGACGUUGCACGACUCGACGUUGCACUCGACUGUCUUCUCGAUGUUGAUGUCGAGCUACGACCAAUGGCGAAUCAUGAUGUGAAACUUCACUCUGGUGGUAACCUCAUCGCGACUGGGCUAUCAUUUGUGAAAUAUUCAGUGAAGCAUACCCGCACAACACAUGUGAACUUACGAUGA